AUGGAGGAAAUACCCGACAGUCACGCGUACGUGGAAGCGCCAAUGGAGGGCGUGGAGAUGGAAGAAACUGUGCAGGGUGUCGAUGCACCUUCUAACGAGGAUGGACACGCUUUCUCAGCACCGGAAGCGGCGGCGGAGCCAGGAUCGAGCGCCGCUGAAUCCUUCGCGGCGACGGAUGCGGGUUUCCCGGCGUCCGAUGCGGCGCCAGAUGCGGCGGCCGAUGCGGGUUACCCAGCGCACGAGAGCGCGGCAGCGGCGGCGGCGGAGCUGGAAGGCGACGGAAGGGACGCGGAAGGAACGACGGCAGCGCCGACGACGGUGAUCACGGAAGAUGCGGAGAACCUUCUGGACGACAUGCUGGGAGAGUCAGAUCCUACAACUGAGCCUGCUGCCGAACCAGUUCCUGCUGAGCCUGCUCCCGUGGCUGAUGCACAAGCUGCGAUCACUGCGGUUGGUGGGGAGGUUCUUGCCGAUGCUGCCCCUGAGGUUUCUCCCCCUGCUGCGGAAACACCUGCAGAGGAAUCUGCUCCUGCAGAGGAAACGGCACCAGCGGAGGGGACAUCAGCAGGCGCGCUAGAGGGAACCGGAACUGGUGCAGAGGUGUAUGCUUUUACAGAGGAACCUGUUGCUGCAGAGGAAUCUGCUCCUGCAGAGGAGAGCCAACCGCAGGGUGGUAACCAGGAGUCUGUUCCGCCAGUGGGGGACGCACAGGGGGAGGCGGAAGCGGCUCCGCCAGUAGAGGGGAUGGGUAUGGAUGUGAAGCAUGGUGAUGGGAGUGGUGCGUACGGGCAGCAGGAGCAGGGGCAGCCUAUAACGAGUAUGGGCCUGGAUGUAAAGGUGGGAGAGGGAGGCCUGGAAGGGGGGCAGGUGGUGGGGGGAGAGGGGGAGGUGAUGGGGGAGGGAGGGCAAGUGGUGGGGGGAGAGGGGGAGGUUAUGGGGGAGGGAGGACAAGGGGAGGGAGAGCAUAUGGGAGAGCAUAUAGAUGAGCAGGAGGGGGAUGAAGUGCUACGGCUUCGGAUGGGUAUGGAUGUGAAACAUGAUGGGGAAACAGCGGAAGAGGCGCAGGUGGUGGGGGGAGAGGGGCAGGUGGCAGGGGGCGAGAUGACGCAUGAAGGGGAGAUGGUGCAGGGGGGAACGGGCGAGCAGGGGGGAGUGGGGGGAGAUGCCCAAUACGAGCAGCAGGUUGGCGCAGUGGGCAGCGCGGGCGGGGAGCACGGGGAGCAUGGGGAGCAUGGGGGGCAGCCGCAUGAAGGGGAGGCGCAGGCGGGGGGAGAGCAUGGGGGCCAUGGGGGGGAGGUGCAUGCAGGGGGGGAGCAUAUGGUGCAAGAGUAUGCAGCGCAGGAGCAUGGGGGUGGGGAGUACGGGGCACAGGGGUAUGUGGGGGAGGCUUAUGCGGGGCAGCAGCAAGAGGGGGAGGCUUAUGCGGGGCAGCAGCAGCAGGAGGGGCAGGAGUAUGCGGGGCAGCCGUUAGGAGGAGAUGUGGAAAUUCAGGAGCAGCAACAAGGAGCAGUGGUGGGGGAAGGAGGAGAGGUGGUAUACGCACCUACUGCUGCUGCUGAUGCCGCUGAUGCUGGUGAUGCGGCUGUUGAAGCUGGAUAUAUGGCGGCUAAACCUGAUGCUGAUGCCUACGCUGCUGCUGUUGCUGCCGCUGACACCGCAGCAGCAGAAGCAGCAGCGGCAGCAGCAGGUGGUGCGGCAGGGGCUGGUGGGGCGGGAAUGGAAGGGGUGCGGAUGCAGGGGGAAGCGGAAGCAGCACACAUGGCCGGGGGCGCGGAGGGAUACACUGAAGCGGGGACCCAUGAAGGGUACACAGGAGCAGGGGCGCAAGAAGGGUAUAUUACUCAGGGUAAUGAAGGGAUGGGGAUGGGUAAUGAAGGGUACGCUCAGGGGGAACAGGGGGAGCCGCAGGGUGGGUACACGGGAGAGCAGGGCCAGGCACAUGAGGGGUACGGGCAAGAGGGGGCGCAUGCAUAUGUGGUUGGUGGGGAGGCUGGAGGGUAUGCGGAAGGGCAGACGGGGGGACACGUGGAGGGGCAGACGGGGGGACACGUGGAGGGGCAGACGGGGGGACACGUGGAGGGGCAGACGGGGGGACACGUGGAGGGGCAGACGGGGGGACACGUGGAGGGACAGAUGGAAGGACACGUGGCACAGCCUUACGUGGAAGGAGAAGCCACAGCAGGAGGAAUGGCAGCAGGUGAAGCAGCAGCAGGAGAAGCUGCAGCAGGGGAGGCCGAAGCAGCGGCAGCAGGAGGAGGAGGAGAAGGCGCAGGGGCAGCAGAAGGGGCGGGAGCGGGCGGCAAGGAGAUGGUCCUGGCUGGCACUGAAGCAACAGAUCGGAUUCUGUCAAGUGUGGAGGCGGCAGAUCUGAUUCUGAUGCAGCAGCAGCUGCCGCAGCCGCCGCCCGGGCCGGCAGUGGGCAACCUGAUGAUGCUGCCCAUGCUGCUGGAUCAGAUCGAAGCACACAUCCUGUUCUAUGGACGCAUCUUUCGCAAGGAGCCUUUGGAGGAGGAGCUGCGGAAUCUCGUCUUUGCCUCCAUGCCCUCAGACCUAGGCACACCAGAGCAUGAGCGCUGGCUUGAAGUGGUGGAGGCUUGGGAGGAGCGCAAGCGCAUGAUUGGCUACCAAGCCUCGGGCGGCCGAGGCAGGGGGAGAGGUCGGGGCCGAGGUAGGGGGAGGGGCAGGGGGCGGGGGAGGGGGAGGGGGAGAAGGGGCGCGUAUGCUGCCCAUGGGGGGGGAUAUGGGGGCAGGGGGGAAUACCCGGGGGAAGAAGGGGAGGAGGGGUAUUACGCAGGGAACGGGAUGGGGGCAGGGGGGAUGAGGAGAGGGGGAGUGUGGGAUUCGGAGGGAAUGGAAGGGGAAGAGGGUAAUCCAGGGGAAAUCGACGGGGAAAUUCCCCACAGAAAAUACCGAGUCGGGCCUAGAAUCCCUGCAGAAGCGCAGAAAUUGGGGGCGGUUUUGGGGAGGGCGGCGUGGGGGAAAGUGGAGGAAGAAGAGGCGAGGGAGUAUCUGUUGGGCGAGAAGGUGACUGCAGAGGAAGCAGCCGAGAAGGUUCCUGCAGAGGAAGCAGCAGAGAAGGUGCCUGCAGAGGAAGCAGCAGAGAAAGUGCCUGCAGAGGAAGCAGCAGAGAAAGUGCCUGCAGAGGAAGCAGAAGAGCUCUAUGAGGUGGACAACUGCCACGUGGAGGCUGACAGCUCAGCAGGGAAGCUGGCUGCGCAGGCAUUGGCUGCUGCUGCUGUUGCUCGCGCGUCGGCUGCCGCUGCCAAGUCAGCGUGGGACUUAGUUAAGUAUUAUAGGAGUAAGGUGGGGUUGAUAAUGAUGGAGGAGGAGGGGAGGGAGUGGAGGGAGGGGGGCGGGGGAGGAAGGGGGAGAGGAGGGAGGAAGGGGGAGAAAGGAGGGGUGAAGUAUGUACUUGCGCUGCAGGUUAAGCCGAGGAGGGUUAGGAGGACGGCUAGGGAGCUUGGGAAGAUGGGAGAUGGGGUGUGGGAGGAGGAGGAGGAUGAGGAGGAAGUAGAGGGGUUGGAGGGGGUGCAGGGGGCUUCUCCUAUGGACGAAUCAGGAGCUGCCACGUGGACGGAGGAGGAAGGGUUUGGGGGAGGGGGAGGAGGUUCGGGGGGGAGGGGAGGAAUAGGGGGAGGGAUAGGGGGAGGAGUAGGGGGAGGGAUGGGGGGAGUGGUAGGCGGAGGGGUGAGCCCUGUGGCGUUUCAGGGGUAUGAGGGGACGCCUGGGGGAAGGGGAAGCGGAAGGGGGAGGGGGAGGGGGAGGGGGAGAGGCAGGGGGAGGGGCAGGGGCAGGGGGAGGGGGAGGGGGCGUGGGCGCAAGUCAGUCUGGGACGAAGGGGAGGAUGAGGGGGAGGAAGGGGGGGAGUGGCGGGUGGGGAAGAGGUCGCGGGGGGAGAUGGAGGGCGGGGGGGAGUAUGGGGAAGAGGAAGGGGAGGAGGAGGCGGAGGAGGAGGAGGGGGGACAGACUCUGCGACACAAGUUCACUGUGGGGUCCUUUGUAGAGGUAUGUACGGGGCAUGGCAUGGCACAUAUGGUGGCGCCCAACGAGGAGGGCCCGAGGGGUGGCAUCCAACGAGGAGGGCGUGAGGGGCAGCUGGUUCACCACGGGCACGGUGCUGCAGAUUGUGGGCAACUCACCGUGGCGUCCAACGAGGAGGGGCUGAGGGGAAGCUGGUUCACAGGCACGGUGCUGCAGAUUGUGGGGAACCGGGCGUUGGUGCGAUACGACGAGCUGCUGGAUGACGAUGCUUGGUUCACGGGCACGGUGCUGCAGAUUGUGGGCAGCCGGGCGUUGGUGCGAUACGGCGAGCUGCUGGACGAUGAUGGUGAGUGCGUGACACAUGACGUGCUGAUCACGCUCUUGCACUUCCCCCCAGAGGGGAAGGGCCAGCAGCCUGAGAGGCGGCAGAAUCCCGUUUCUUCCUCUUCUCCCACCCACCCUCCCCACCUCUCUCCAUGCACGCACCAACUAGAGGAGUGGGUGGGGCUCGUCCCGCCCUCCCCUUCUGCAAGCAACGCCUCUCGCUUCGUCUCGUGCGUACCUUCAGCCCAACAGGGGAAGGGCCAGCAGCCUGAGAGGCGGCUGAAUCCCGUUUCUUCCUCUUCUCCCACCCACCCUCCCCACCUCUCUCCAGGCACGCAUCAGCUAGCUGGAGGAGUGGGUGGGGCUCGUCCCGCCCUCCUCUGCAGGCGACGCAGAGGAAGGGCGCGCAGCCUGAGAGGCGGCUGUACGCACCAGUUGGAGGAGUGGGUGGGGCUGGUCCUGCCCUCGCCUGCUGCAAGUGACGCUUCCCGCUUCGUCUCUGCGUACCUUCGGCCCCCCAGAGGAAGGGCGCGCAGCCGGAGAGGCACCCACCAGUUGGAGGAGUGGGUGGGGCUGGUCCCGCCCUCCCCCUCUGCAAGCGACUCCUCUCGCUUCGUCUCUGGCGUGCCGACAGCUCCCCAGAGGAAGGGCGCGCAGCCGGAGAGGCGGCUGAGGCCCGGGAGGGAGAGGGGGAGGCGGCGGAGGGUGGCGAUGGGGCGCGUGUGGGCCGUGGGGGACAGAGUCGACGCAUGGGUGGACGACGGAGCUGUCAUGAGGGGGAGGGUGUGGGCUGUGGGGGUGAGGGUCAACGCAUGUGGUCUUUCUCGCUCCCUUCCCCUCACCCCCUCUCUAUCUUUCCUCUCCCACUCUCUAUCUUCCCCUCUCAACCCCUCUCGCUCUCUUCCCCUCCACCUCUCAUUUCACUUCCCCCUCUCCCCUUAUCCCCCUCGCGGCAACACAGGUGGUGGGAGGGGGUCGUCACGGCAGUGGACGCACAGGGACCCAAAAUCACAGGCUUCACUGUGGAGUUUCCAGUCGCCAUGCCCCCCUUCACUCCCGCCUUCCCCUCUCUUCUGUGGUGCCAGGGUACGGGGAGAUGGGGCAGAAGCAGGGUACAGGGAGAUGGGGCAGAAGCAGGUGCGGCCGUGGGAAUUACGCCCGUCAAUGGUGUAUGACACACAGGGCCACCUCUGGCACCACGUCAAGAUCAGGGGCGCGUCGCUUGCUGCUUACUGCCACUCCUCUCUUCCCUCUCUCCCCUUCCUGCUCCCAACCCUUCCCCUUGCCGCUGCUUCUCCCCCUGCUCUCCCCCUGCUCCUCUUCCCCGCCCCCCCUUCUCCCCUUGGCUAG